AUGUUCAAUAGAUUGUCAAAAAUAUAUACUUUGAUUUUAAUACUUGCAUUUCUUCACAGAUUGGCAAUUUCCAUUCCAAUUAUAUCUUCUGAAAAUAAUUUUCGUAGCAGUAAUAACAAUGUUCAUUAUUCAAGAUCUUAUGAUAAUCAUAACUAUUUGGAACUAGAUAUUCAAUAUCAUUACGGUCAGUUUUAUUCUACAUUAUUAAGUUUCGGAAAUCCUGUACAAAAUGUGACAGUAUUAGUCGACACUGGUUCAUCUGACUUAUGGGUCUCAAGUCCAAAUAAUAUUUAUUGCUACGAAGAUGGAAAAAAUACCAACAUAAACCAUUCUAUCAAUUGUACAAAAUUUGGCACUUAUACAAGGGAUAAGUCAUCCACAUCUAAUAAAUUGGAUCAUAGACUUUUCAUACAAUACGGGGAUGGUUCAUUUGCAGAUGGCGAGUGGAUAACAGAUACUCUUACAAUAGGACCAUAUGAUUUACAGAGUGUUCAGUUUGGUAUAUCUAAUAAUGCUUCCACAAUAAUAAGUGGAGUUCUUGGUCUGGGAUUUUUAAGAACAGAAUCUAUUGAUGGCUAUGAUGGGUCACCAAACAAACUUUAUUAUAAUUUACCGGCAUAUCUAAAGGAUCAAGAAAUAACUAACACCAAUGCAUUUUCAUUGUUUUUAAAUAACUCAAAUGAUGCAUCUGGAACAGUGUUGUUUGGUGGUAUUGAUUACUCGAAAUUUUCUGGUGAUCUAGUGACAUUCCCAUUGGUAAAUAUUUAUCCCAAGUUAAUUAACGAACCUUGUACAUUUACGAUAACUUUACAACAAUUAUAUGGUAAGAUUAAUGGUGGAAAAAGUAUUGGUUUAAUCAAGGAAAAGGUACCAGCUCUGUUAGAUUCUGGUAGCAGUUUAAUUUCCAUGCCUAUCGAAAUUACAGACGAAAUUGCAUUAAUGGUUAAUUCGACCUUAGACACUAUGACCUCAUUGCAUAAUAUUAAUUGUUCUGCAUUUGGAAGACAGUAA